AUGUAUAAAAGUGUGCAUGCCUGUGCGUAUGUAAGAAUAUUCAAUUUCUUUCUAUUUUUCAUUACAACUCUUGUAGACAGUGUACCCGUAAGCUUUGAGCUGAACCAAAUUUUGGAUGCUCCAAUUUUCUAUGGCAACGUUGAAUGCAAGACACCUUUCAAGGCUGCUAUUAUGAGGCUGGAUCAGUUAGCUGCGGACAUGAUCGAGGUCAAGCAAGAAGUGAUUUCCUUAAAGGGUAAUCAAGCUGCUGUAACUAACUUUUUGGCUGAUAAAAAGGUAGUUGUCAAGAGUACAGCAGACUUCGAAGGAAAGUAUCAGACCACAAUACCUUUAGCUCGGUAUGAAGAUUUCCAAGCUGUCGAAGAAAAAUUGAAGACAGAUGGUCUGUUUAAAAAAGAUGUGAUACUAUUUAGAGCUCAAGUCUCAUGUUCAUAAAGUAGAGUGCAAUGUGAAUUAAUCCAUUGUGAAGAUGAUGAAGAAAUGUUCCACAAAGGAUUUGGCAAUGAAAUUUACUGCAAUCAGAUCAUCAGCAAAAAAUAAGGAAAAAAUGAAGUUCAGACCAACUGAGCUCUGUGCGAUGAUGGAAGAUGAGUGCAAACCAUAUUUAUCUGCAUCCCGUUUCUAAUACGCAGUUCCAAAUGAAAUUAUAUUUUUAAUUUUUUAAUAAACGCACGUCAUUAUAGCAAUCAUUAAAUUAUAU